UUCUAUCUUCAGUCUGCUCUCGAUAGCAUUUACAAAACAAAAUUCCCUGACAUAUGCCACGUUGUGCCCAUCACCUAAAGGUGGCGCAGGAACCGUUCAUAUUAACAUAUUCUUGAGUUAAAUUUCUUCAGAAGUUCUAAAAGUGGCCGAAAAGGCAUUCCAGGUACAAGCUUUAAGUCAGACAAAAAAAUUAAUAACAUAGUAGUUUAUCAUACUUCCUUUUGUUUAUAUUUUAUGAAUGAUUACUUUGCCCCCUUCCCCUCCGAAUCCAAAAAGGUUAACCGGUCAUCUAAUACCCACGCCUAACUUUCUAGGUUCGCUGUGCUGGAAUAAGAAGUAACCCAUUCCUUGAAACAUGUCGGACAGGCCUUCAGAGAGCCAAAAUCCAAGAGAUAGGGCAAACUGGCUGUCACUCAUAUUCUUUUGGUGGAUGAAUGACGUUUUAAAACUCGGCAGCACGCGACCGCUGACCGAGGAGGAUUUGUUUAAUCUUCCUGAAGAUUGCAAAGCUGAGGUUCUCGUGGAGAGAGCCGAGACGUAUUGGUUCGAAGAAUUAAAAAGGAGCGAGUCAGUGGGAAGGAAACCGCGUUUGUGGAAAGCAAUGGUCAACCUUAUUCCCUGGAAAUCACGUCUUGUAAUGAUAAUGUUGAAAACCCUAGAGUCGUUGAGUUCUGUUUUCCAGCCUCUGUGUCUUUGGCUUGUGUUGAAGACGCUGAACGAUGGCCCAGAUCUUGACAUGAGGUUGGCGUUUACCUACGUGGCGCUUUUGGGAAUGGCAAGCCUGAUAAAAGCGUUAGCGACGCAUCAUUAUGACUUUCUAACUGAACUCUGGGGAUUGAAGCUGAAGGUGUCGUUAAUCGGACUUGUAUAUAAGAAGAUUCUCUCACUCCGUCGUUGUAGACUGGAGGCUACGUUGUCUGGAAACAUUAUCAAUCUGGUCUCCAAUGAUGCACAAAAGAUCGAAAAGUCUUUGUAUAGCGUUGGCUAUAUGCUGUCAGCGCCACUGGAAAUAGUGAUCAGCCUGUUGCUUCUGUGGCACCUGAUUGGCUGGAAAGCGCUCGCUGGCGCCGCGUUACUUGUAGUUUUAGUCGCCUUUCAAAUGUUAAUGGCGAGAAAAGCUGCAAAGCUGAGGGAGAAAGCGGCCACUUUUACAGACAAACGGCUUGUGGUGAUGAACGAAAUCAUCGCUGGAAUACGAGCGGUGAAAAUGCAUGCUUGGGAAUGGAACUUCAUGGACAUUGUGCGCAGCCUCCGCAGGUAAUAUGUACUAGUCAUGCAACGUUUUUAACGAUACAUCAUGGAAUAUCCCACUUGUCACUUGGAUUUUCUCGGUUUAUACACGAACUUUUAGGCGAGUGUGUAUACCGAGAAAUAAUAUAUAGAUUUAGGCC